UCCUGUUGACACUGGAAUCAUUCCCACAGCCGCGUUCUCACAGUUAAACGUGAUAAUGGGAUGUUUUAAUCUUAAACCGGUCCACCGGUCAUGGACCUGCGGUUACACCUCCGGUCCGGCAGGGGGCGGGAGGCCUGUUCUUGUUCUGCAGUCCGCCUUUUAAAGCGCAGAAGAAAAGUCUCGCCUCCGUCAUCAAGACGCGACGCCGCCAGGCAGCGCGACCGGAGAGGCUUCAUGUCGGUGUUUCACGACGAGGUGGAGAUCGAGGACUUCGAGUUCGACGAGGACUCGGACACGUACUACUUCCCGUGUCCGUGCGGGGACAAGUUCGCCAUAACGAAGGAGGAGCUGGAGAGCGGGGAGGAGGUGGCCACGUGUCCGAGCUGCUCGCUGCUGGUCCGAGUCAUCUACGACCAGGAGUUGUUCCUGUCUGGAGAACUCGUGGAAGCCCCGUCGCCCACGGCAACCCAACUGGAGCUGGUUCAGGCCUGAAGACUGGGACCCCCUGGAGUCCUGAGACCCCCUGAAGACUGGGACCCCCUGAAGACUGGGACCCCCUGGAGUCCUGAGACCCCCUGAAGACUGGGACCCCCUGAAGACUGGGACCCCCUGGAGUCCUGAGACCCCCUGAAGACUGGGACCCCCUGGAGUCCUGAGACCCCCUGAAGACUGGGACCCCCUGGAGUCCUGAGACCCCCUGAAGACUGGGACCCCCUGAAGACUGGGACCCCCUGGAGUCCUGAGACCCCCUGAAGACUGGGACCCCCUGGAGUCCUGAGACCCCCUGGAGUCCUGAGACCCCCUGAAGACUGGGACCCCCUGGAGUCCUGAGACCCCCUGAA